CAGUGCUUUUUCCCAUCUCAUGGAAUGAGGCCUCAGGAUCCCCCAUUGUAUGUAUGUGAGAUUUGGGGUGACCGGUGUUAUUCUGCGUUGUACGAGGACCCUGCAGAUAGUAACUGGCCACAGUUCAUGAAGACUAAUCCUGCAACAUGGAGAAAGAAAACAACGACCUCAAGAACUCAAAGUCCAACUUAUCUCCGCAAGAUGGAAAUGUAUCUGAUCCCGCUAAGAAGCCCCAAUGCUGCACCCCUCUGAAGCUGUUCCUGGUGUCUCUCUGCUUCACUUACUUUGCAAAAGGUCUUUCCGGAAGUUACAUGAAAAGCUCCAUAACGCAGAUCGAGAGACGAUUCGACAUCUCCUCCUCCACAGUGGGAUUGGUGGAUGGAAGCUUCGAGCUUGGUAACUUACUGAUGAUCGCUCUUGUUAGCUAUUUUGGGGCGAGACUCCACAGGCCGCGGCUUAUUGCAGCCGGUUGCAUUGUGAUGGCGCUGGGAAGUUUCCUCACCGCUAUGCCGCACUUCUUCAUGGGGCCUUACAGAUAUGAGUCGGCGAGGACACACAGAAGUUCACAUGAUAAUUCCACCUUCAGUUCUUCACCCUGUUUGGCCAACGUGACAGUUUCUGAGGCCAUUAAACCAGAGUGCAUGAAGGAAGGCGGAUCAUACAUGUGGGUUUAUGUCUUAAUUGGAAAUAUGCUGCGAGGAGUUGGAGAAAGUCCUAUUACCCCCCUAGGAAUUUCGUAUAUUGAUGAUUUUUCUGGACCUGAAAACACUCCUCUGUACAUAGCGUGCCUCCACACAGUGGCGCUAUUUGGACCAAUGAUGGGCUUCAUGCUCGGAUCUUUCUGUGCUAAACAAUACGUUGACAUUGGCUUUGUGGAUCUGGACAGUGUAACCAUCACCCCACAGGACACGCGGUGGGUCGGUGCCUGGUGGAUUGGAUUCCUGGUGGCUGGAGUGGUUACAUUAAUGUCGGGGAUCCCUUUCUGCUUCCUUCCCAAGAGUAUGAGUAAGGAAGGAACAAAACAUGCCCUCAACUUACUGAAGUUUAAAGAGAAUGAAAAGUCAGACUCGGAAAGUCAUAAAAAGACAACAAUAAAAGGGUUUUUCGUUGCUCUGAAGAAGCUGGGCAGUAACCGGCUGUAUGUGAUGCUGAUGUGCCUGAAUAUGCUGCAACUGAACAGUUUCCUGGGAUAUAUAACGUACAAACCCAAAUACAUGGAGCAGCAGUACGGCCAGUCCAUCUCCAAAUCCAACUUCUUCACCGGAAUCACCACCCUGCCUGCGGCAGCUCUGGGGAUGCUGCUCGGUGGCCUAGUUAUGAAGAAGUACAAGUUCGGGUUGCUGUCAGCGUGUAAGAUGACCUUUGUGACAUCAUUCACCGCCUUCAUCCUCUCUCUGUCUCUCUUUAUGAUUGGCUGUGAGAAUAAUGACGUCGCCGGGAUAACUAUCACAUACAAUGGGAACAAACUGAACACGUUCCAGGACAACGUCUUAUCCGCCUCCUGCAACUCAAACUGUAGCUGCUCCACGAGCCGCUGGGACCCGGUGUGUGGGGAGAAUAACGUCACCUAUAUGUCCGCAUGUUUGGCCGGGUGUAGGGCUUCCACGGGAGAAGGAAAGAACAUGGUUUUUCAGAACUGUUCUUGCCUGGGGCAUAUAGGGGUCCCAUCCACAAAUGCCUCGGCCAGGCUGGGAACGUGUCCCAGGAGUGAGAGCUGUGACAGAAUGUUCCUGUACUACAUCAUCUCGCAGGUCGUCACUACAGUGGUGUACGCAGUAGGAGGAUCUGCAGCGUACGUCCUCGUCCUCUGGAUCGUUACUCCAGACCUGAAAGCCCUGGCAGUGGGGGUCUAUAUGUUACUGGUGAGAAUGCUAGCUGGAAUUCCAGCCCCCAUCUACUUUGGUGCUCUCAUAGAUAGAACAUGCCUGAAAUGGGGGACCAAAUUAUGUGGCGGGCGAGGGGCCUGUCGGAUGUAUGACGCCACCUCCUUUAGAAACACCUUCCUGGGCCUAGCCACCGGGAUCCGGGCACCGUCAUUUAUUUUAUUCAUCUGGUUUAUAUUUAUGGUGAAGAAACGGCUUUCUGUGAAAUCACCGGAAAACGGGGUGCUGCGAUCAGACGCCACAAAGAAAGAAGUGCGCCCAGACGAUGCCACCAAAGAGGACACUGCCGCCAUAGAAAUAGAGAAAGAAACGUUCAUUUAGCGCAGCGUGACACGUGCUGAGUGCUGUGACUGUUAUGUGUAUAUGUAAUCAUUGUAUGACGCGUCUCGCCGGUGGGUGGAUAGUAAUAUUCCUGUGCUAUAAUUAUAUUGAGUCACAAGCUGGUAGCUGAAUAAUAUACUCUCUGACCAGACGCUAUUACAGUGAAUCUCUCUGACUCAAUAAAUAGUCCCAGACUGCGCAGUGCGUCCGUAAUGGCGGCUGGCGGAAAUCUUUGGGGAGACGUACAAGGGAGCACAUCAUAUAAUGUCAUUGGCACAAAUGUAAUUUUCCAUGUUAUUCUGGCAUUUUGCGCCCAGGGUUAAUCUCCGAGAAGGGAAUAACCUCGUUACCGGUGAGGCAUGAGGCACCUGUCAUAUGAUGGCAUACUACCAGUCCCUUAUACAUCCAUUUAUAUCAUAGAUAACAGAGCAGCCACAGAAGGUUCCCAAGCAGCGGCGAUACUGUAAUGUCUCAGUGAAUAGGGCUAGUAGCGCUGAUGUGUACACGCGGCCACAGAUAUACGGCAGGACAUCACACUGAGCUGUGACAUCUCUUGGGCAUCUGCGCUGCGGUCUCUGCAGCUGAGCGUCCGCCACUUUUAGUUACGUCUAAAAUGCCGCUGCAAAUUGUAUCUCAAAUAUGUUAUCACAUUAAAUGUCCCCCGCCUGGUGAGCUGCAUGACAUCUGGCUGCACGUAACCUCCACUUCAUCUACCAGUGUGUAUAACAGUGAGUACGGCUGUACCUGCUUCAUCUUCAAUAAAACCGCUCCACUGGCUAAGUUCAAA